AAAGGCGGCGCCCCGGCCACGAACCUUCUGCUCCGCCCCCUCCGGGAUCCCACCCCCAUUUCCCCAACCCCACCUCCGCCCCCUGCUACAGUAGUGUCUGAGAUCCUAGAAAAAGAGGAAGAGAGGAGCGGGGAGCUGGUGGCCCUCACGUCCCUGGCUGGGACUCGGAGCGGGGGAGGCAGCGUCACUGCCGGGAAGCCGGAUGAGCGGAGACCGGGAGUGGGUGGACUCGGCCACUUCAUUUGUCCGAGGUGCAGAUCUGAUAGUCACCCAAAGGGACAUCUCAUGGGACGGCCCCUCUCUGCUCCAGUGUUUGCCUUGUGGUGCCUCUUCCUGCUGUGGGAAGGAUGGCCCACAAGGGCAGACUUGGAGGUUUCGAGCAUCGACUGCUACAGUGACUAUGAUACAUCGAUUAGCUGUGAGUGGAAGAUGAACAGGCCGACCAGCUGCAGUUCUGAAUUAUGGCUGUAUUAUGAGCGCAGUAACGAUAAGUCAUCAUCUCAGAAAUGUAGUCCUAAGAACAAGAGAGACAACAGAGCCGCCUUAUCCCUGGAGUGUGUGUGCCAAGGCAGAGUGGAUGGGUUUGCAUUUGUAGAUGCCUACCAUCUGAAGAUUCAGUCCAAUACACAGAUCCUGUGGGAGCAACAUGAAUUCUUCCCUUCUGAAAAUGUGAAGCCAAGAGCCCCAGGAAACGUUGUCCUCUCUUCAGGAAUUCCAAAAUACAACUUCAUCCUGACUUGGGACAGCACUUACUCUUCAGACCACCUUCUGGCUGACGAUCUUGAAUAUAUGGUUGAGAUUCAGAACAAAGAAAAUACUACACCUCCUAUCCAAAAACGGACCGAUGCAGUCUCCAACCUGACUAUCCUUGCUCACCAACUGGAAAAUAAAAGCAUGUACACUGCUCGAGUGAAGUCCAAAGUUUCAGGCAUCCUAGGUUACAAAGGACAGUGGAGCGACUGGAGCCGCACCGUCGAAUGGUAUAAUGAGUAUGAAAAACCUCCCCUGAGCGGUGUGGAAUUGGGGGUGCCCAUUUUAUGCAUCUUGAUCCUGCUUGUCAAUUUGCUGUGCUAUAUAGGCGUCAUCAAGAUUAAGAAAGUGUGGUGGGAUCAGAUCCCCAACCCAGCCCAUAGUCGCUUAACUGCCAUCAUUAUUCAGAACCAACAGCUUGCGGCAUGGAGGAAACUGCCUAAAGCAAAAGAAAAUAAAAAAUUCCCGCACUGGAAGACAUGCCUUUCCAAGUUGUUUCCUUGUUUAUUUAGCCACAACUCAGCAGAGAAAGAAGAGGACACCCAUCUCCAUCACCCCAGCAAACAAGAAAGCUGGCCAAUGGAAGCCUGUAGAUGUGUCUUAGUGCCGGAGAAGAUCAAUGUGGUGCAGUCGAUCGAGCUUUGUGAGGCCGAGGUGGAAAGUGAGGAAGGGGAUGCUGAUGAUGUUUCCUUCUCCCUGUCCCCAGAGAACAGCACAAGCAGCUUCAUAAAGAACAAAGAAGCACUUGCAGACAAGUUUGUCCAGAUGCUGUUCCUUGAUCUCAUAGGAGAGGAGACUUUUAUGCCAUGUUCCAGCAAGUCACCUGGCAAAUACAAGGACUUGGCAGAUGCAACCGAGUCACCACCUAAGGAAAACAAAGCUCCAAGCCACUGCCGGGGCAGCCCUACCAAACUGGGUUCACCCAUUUUCCAGAAUGGUUGCCUGAGUGGUCCACACAUUUCUGAGAGAUCUGAAACUCUCUGCCAGAGUCCUUGCAUGGAUGCUGCUUCUCCAAAGGGCAGACAAUCUCCUGAGCCCCACCAAGAGCAGCAGCAGUUUCCUUCAGCUUCCCAAACUGAGGGCAUUGGGUCAACCUUGGACUUAGCAAACGUGUCCAUUUCAGAAGCACCCCAAGUUGAUGAUAACCCUGCUUAUCGAAGCUUCAGCAGCCUCCUGGCCCAAUCCUUGCCCAGGACUGAGGAAGAGCUGAGCCUUCCCUUAGGCUCAUUAGAAUGUUCAUGGGAACAGAUGGCCCCAUGGCAUGGAGACCCUGAUCUACAGCAUGGGGUUAGCUGCUCAGAGGACUCUCAAACAUCUUCCUCCCAUGACAAUGAGCCACCUUCUUUGUCCCAGUCAGAGGGAGAGAGCUGGGAGGAAAUCCUAAGAGAGAGGGUUCUCAGACAAGAAGGAGAUGUCAUUUGCCCCACCAUCUUAACAACAUCGGGCUACCGGUGUUUUGACAAUGCUGUGAAGCAAGGCAAUGACCAAAAUUAUAAGGCAGCUGGCUUUAAUGUCUCCAAAGAAUCUGGCUAUCGAUCCUUUGCUAGUCUCCUAAAUGACUCUAGGAAAGAAACCUCUGCAGAGACCUCUGGUGAUGAGUCUGAGUCUGGAAAAGAGACAGGGGGAUACAAGCCAUUAGAAAAUCUUAUUUCUCCUAGCCAAGAGGCAAAGGAAGUGACUCCGCUUCCACUAUUUACCUUUGGCCUGGAUUUAGGAGAAGUUCUCCCUCAGAAAUGCCAGCACAACCCAGUGCCCUCUAGCUUCCUCAAGAUGUAUAGUCCCCAGGAGACAUCAGAGGAAGAGACAGGAAAGCACUCUCUGACAUUGGACUGGGAUGGCACCAGGAAGCAUGAGGACACCCCUGAGGAGUCCUCAGUCUGUUCCAAGCUAGAUUUCAGCAGUGGUAUAGUCUAUUCUACCUUGACUUGUCAUCUAUGUGGGCACCUGAAGAGAUGUCCAAGUCCUGAUGAAAAUUAUACACCCUUGGGCAAUGCCCAGAGCACAAAAUGCAACUGUAUGGUUGAGGUCCUAGAAACAUUGCCUCAUCCUCUCACAAAAGCCACCAACUUCUGCCCCUCAGAAAUAAUGGAGAGUCCAGAGAGUAGGGUACCAAGGACUUCUUCUGUGGAGUUUCUUGGAGAGAGCCAUUUGGAGGAAGAGUCUUCUCUAGGAAUCAGUGUAUCUCUCCUUUCUCAAGACUGUGAAGAUCCGUUGGGCUCCACUUCAGAUAAAUGGAAAGGAUCCCUUCAUUUAAAGCCUCACCCUGGUGGUGUGCCAAGCCCAGGCCAGCCCUCCAGCCCCAACAUGGUGGACCGUGAACAUGAGGGCAAUACCUACAUGAAAGUUUCUUAGAUGAGCUUUGGGAAGUUUGGCAAUCCUCUCAAUCAACAGUGAUACACACUUGGUUUAGGGAAUCAUUGAAUUUCCUCUGUAUGUGAAAUGCUUCUUCCAUUUAGACCAUUACUGAGUAGAAGCCAGUAUGCCAAUACUAUUAGCUGCGCAGAAAGUGGUUGUCUACCCAUGAGCCAGACACAGAUGACAGCUUGAUGCCUAUUCACUAGUGGGUGGAGGGGAGCAGCCUUGGACCUCAGAGCAGACAAUCUUAAUUCUGGAGGCUCAUUAAAUAGUUUGCCACAGGGUGAAGAAGUAUGCCUGACCAGGGGAUGGGGGCCACAUACAACCAUUUUUCCAUCUUCUUGUCUCUUCACUGUCCUAAAAGGGCCUCUUUUAGGCCACCUAUCCCCUAGUGAAAUACAGGAACCUCAGAGCAGCCAACAGUCUAGCAGUUUUUGAUGUAUCCACAGAAUUCUCCUCACAGCUGGACACUUCUCAGAAAGAGCUUUGGCAAAGCCCAGGGUGCAUAUAGUUGGUAACUUACAGAGGAGCAGCCCCUCACUGUUUUGAAUGUUUGUGAAUUUUCUGCCACUGGAUACUCAAAACAUUCCUUACUCCUUUAUUCAAUUAUUUUAUGACCUGAUGAUGAUAGAAACUGCAAUUCCCCCUACAUCUUUUCCAUUGGACGUUCUGUCUUGGUGGUUUCUAGCCAGGGUUAGUUCUCGUCUUCCCCUCCUUCUCACUUGCCAAACUGUAACCUGGAAAAGCCCCAAGUGCCUUCUGGAAAUCAUAGAACAUUGAAGAUGAGAGCCCAAAGGGAACUUUGAACGUAGACCGUCCAAGCAGAAGGCGACCUUGGAACAUAGAAUAUUGACACUAGAAGGACAAUUAGAGACCUUCUAAUCAAAUCCCAUCCUUUUACAGAAGAAAUGAAGGCCUGAUCAGGAAGGUGAAGCACCUAGUCCUAGAUCAUGUACAGCUCAGUAAGUGGCAGAGGUAAGGACUCAAACCCAGGGCUUCUGACUGCAAGUCCUCUGCACUAGCCACAGAGGCACUAGCCUUCCAGGUGAGAUACGGUAGGGAGCAUUUUAAUAAUUACUACUUAUAAUAGCUAGCCUUUAUGGAAUGCUUUAAGGUACCCAAAGUACUUUACAGAGGUUAUCUCAUUUGUUCUUCAUAACAACCCACAAGAAACUGGGGCUUAAAGGAAUUAAGUGACUUCCUAGUAGAGAUAACCCAGUCCUAAUGUCGGUUAUGAGGAUUUUUAGGGCUUCCCACCAGGGUCCUGCUAAAUUUUGGGAUACUGAGUAGAAAAAGCCCCCCAAAACUACUCCCUAUGUGAGAUGAAAACAGCAAUAAGCUUUAUACUCCGGGACUUCCACCGUUAGACGUAGAUAAUGAGGACACGUAAUCAACUCCCAGUUAUCCAUUUUGUGAAUUAUCCAGGACUUUUGUUCCUUUCCUUUUCUGUCUUUUGGAUGUUACCCGGCUCUUUCAGCGGGAGACUGAAGUAAAGGGCCAGUCUUGGCUCCAGUUGGGUAACUAGUGAAUUCAAUUCAAUGGAAGAAGGCAUUUAUUGAGAAUUAUGCGCUAAGCGAGGCAGCCAGGUGGCUCAGUGGAUAGAGCGCUGGGCCUGGAGUCAGGAAGACCUAAGGUCAAAUCCGGCCUCACCCUGGGCAAAUUACUUAACGCUCAUUUACCUUAAUCCACUGGGGAAGGAGAUGGCAAACCAUUCUAGCGCCUUUGCCGAGAGAACCUCAUGAACAGUACGGUCCACCGGAUCACGAAGAGCCGGACGCAGCUGAAUCAACCGAGCAACAACAAAUGUGCUAAGUGGCAGAGACACGAUGACAAAAAAAAUAGUCUCUGCUCUCAGGGAGUCUAUGUUCUAUUGGGUGACAGGAAGAGAAUUGGGCAGUGUAUUCUACUAGCACCAGUUCAACUUUCCUCAUUCCCUGCACUAGGGCAAAUACCAGAGCCAGCAAUAGUUGGUCCCGGAACUUCCUCUCCCAGCGGAUAAAUACCUCAGCAUUUUGGUUGGUGUGGAAAUUAUUGUGACUGGAAGCGGGUGAGAUGGUUUAUGACAUAGUCACUCUCACAUUGACCUCUGGGGUGUUCUAACUAUGUGGUCUAGGAGAAGAUUGAGAAUGCGGGAGGAAUAUUCUGGAACUGCCAAAAAUAUUGUACUAUAUAAGCAUUUGUAUUUGCUAUAAGGAUUUUUUUUUUGGUUUGUAUACCGAAAGGGGUGUGCGUAUGUGUGUGUGUGUGUGUGUGUGUGUGUGUGUGUGUGUGUGUACAUGGGCUCAGUGUGCAGAUCAAAGCUGGGAGGGCAGGGGAAGGGGCAGGGAUGUUAUGUGUCUGAUGUUUGCUUUAAAUAAAUUCAUUUCAACAAGUC